AUGGAAAAUAUUUUCCAAGCAAUCCAUUCAUUUGGCUCUUCAAUUGGAUGUUUCAUAAAUGCACUUCUGAUUUAUGUAGUUUUGACAAAGAGUCCAAAACAAAUUCAAGGAUAUGGUUUACUAAUUAUCAAUUUUGCCGUGACUGAUUUCUUGAUUUGUGCAUUGAAUUAUAUGGUAAUGCAACGACUAAUUUCUUGUGGUCUUGCUAUUAUUUAUAUUUCAAUGGGACCAUGCUCGGCGAUUUCUCCUCAACUUUGCUUCUCAUUAUAUGUCACGAAACUUCAUUUAUACACUCACUCAAUUUGGCUUCUUCUAAUUUCAUUUUCUUAUCGUUACUAUGUUAUGAUUCGAUCCGAAUUAUCGAAACUAAGAAUACAGUUAAUAAUAUUUCUCGUAUAUAUUCCAUCUCUUUUUUCCAUCGUGAAUAUUUUCAUUUCUGAUGGAAGUGAAACACAGUCUCGUGAAAUCAUAACUAAAUAUCAUCCGGAAUAUAACAUAACCGAUCGAGCCGUCACUGGAAACCUUUCCAUAUUUGAAUUCAGUGUGAUGUAUGUUAUUAUUCACGUUGUUGGAUUAAGUGUUCCAAUGGCAAUUAUGAUUUUGAUUAUGCGCAAGAAAAUCAUUUCUAAACUUGGUGAAAAUGCAAGUUCCGAAAGAUCAAAACGUCUCCAAAUACAACUUCUCAAGGUUGGUUUAAAAGACAAGUUUGAUGUAGGUUGAAUUGACAAUCAUUUUCAGGCCCUAACAUUCCAAGCUUGCAUUCCAAUUCUGUACGCAAUUGGUGGUUCCUGUUACCUCGUUCAACAAUUCAAUAUUAUAAACAACGCAGCUCCUCAAUACAUAAUGUAUUGUCUUUUCCUUCUUGUCCCCGUUCUCAAUCCAAUGUCUUCAUUUAUUUUCAUUACACCCUACCGUAAUUUUGUUAUUUCGUUUUUGGGUCGAACUUAUCGAAAGAUUUCAAUAACUAGAAGUGCAACUCAACCAGAUUCUUCGUUCAAUCAGCAUACCAAUCAAACCAAAUAUUGA